AUGGCGGCGCAAGCAAACUACAACAGCUGGACAAAGACUGGUCUGAUAGACCGAGUCAAGGAACUAGAAGCAGAGCUCAAAAAUCGCCCAGCACCACCGCCAGAGCCUGUCCCAGUUGAGCAGCCUCAAGAUGGCGGCGAGCCAUCCGAUGCACAGCCCAAACCAAAGAAGCCAAAGGGCAAGAGGAAGAUGGACCCGUCCAAGUAUUCUUCCCGCUUCAUUGCCUUGAAGCUUGCAUACCUUGGCAAAAACUACGGCGGCUUCGAAUUCCAAGCCAUGGGAAACCAGCCAUCCAUUGAAGAAGAGCUCUGGAACGCCUUGACCAAAGCCUGUCUUAUAUUCCCCGAGGAUGACCGCGUUGUGCAGUGGGAUUGCUGCGAGUAUUCCAAGUGCGGAAGAACAGACCGCGGUGUCAGCGCCUUUGGCCAGGUCAUUGGUAUCAGAGUCCGCAGCAAUCGUCCACUGCCCAAGGAACCUAUACAAGACGAGCAACAACCAACCGCUGACGGCGAGGAGGAGGCAGAGGCGAAGCCAGAGAAGCCGUUUGAUCCGAUCCGCGACGAAAUCGCUUAUCCUAGAGUACUGAACCGGUUGCUACCGCCUGAUAUUCGCAUUCUGGCAUGGUGUCCGUCGCCGCCCCCAGACUUCUCUGCCCGCUUUUCCUGUCGUGAGCGACAAUACCGGUACUUUUUCACACAGCCUGCAUUCUCACCAGAAGCAAGCGCUUCUACAGAAGGAGUUAAGACUGGAUGGCUCGACAUUGAUGCCAUGAGAGAUGCCGCCAAGCGCUACGAAGGAGAGCAAGACUUCCGCAACGUCUGCAAGAUUGACCCGGCCAAGCUCAUCACCAACUGGAAACGCACGAUAUUCGAAUCAGACAUUGUCGAAGUCAAGGAUGUCAACUCUGCCCUGCCAUACCUAAAGGCUCAGGGCUUUGCGCCAGAGUCCAUGAAGAAUGACGAAGGUGUCUACCCCAAGGUGUACUACUUCCACGUGCGUGGCUCAGCUUUCCUGUGGCACCAAAUUCGACACAUGGUCGCUCUCCUCUUCCUUGUUGGUCAAGGGCUGGAGAAGCCAUCUCUUAUUUCAGAGAUUCUAGAUGUUGAGAAGAACCCAGCCAAACCCGCAUACGUCAUGGCCGAUGAAGUCCCGCUAGUGCUGUGGGAUUGCAUCUUCCCAGAUCUAAGCCAAGCAGUAGAGUCUACAUCGGCAGGACAGAGCUUUGAAGACAUUAUGCAAUGGGUAUAUGUCGGUGAUGAGGGCAGUGCCCAAGGCAAGCUCGCUCAAUUUGGUCCCCACGGGCUGAUGGACAGCAUGUGGCAGCACUGGCGUGAAAAGAAGAUGGACGAGCUCCUGUCCAACCGGCUACUGCAACAUGUAGCGGAACAGAUUACAGCCCAGGACUUUUCCUUGGUAGAAAACAAAAAGCUGAAUGCUAACGCUAGCGUCCGCGCCUAUGAAGGUGGCAAUACAGGCAGACUGGUGGGCAAGUAUGUGCCUGUGAUGAAGAAGGCCAUGAUGGAGUCUCCAGAGGUACAAAACGAUAGAUAUGCGCGCCGAAAGGGCUUCGCUGAUGCGGAGGACAUGCGUGCCCAGCGAAAUGCUCGCGGCGAGGAGGAAGACGUCACCAUGGAAGAAAAGCCUUAG